AUGGAAGGUGUUCCGGGUCCCAGGGCCUCGCGGGUCGAUUUUCAGAACGGUUGCCUGUCCAAUCCGAGACCCGGGGGCACCGACUUCAUAACGUAUGACAACGACCCAGAGCGAGCCAAGUUCAUCUUGAAGGUAAUCGAAAAGAUGAUGGCGAGCAUCCUGGAUCGGUUUGACCCAGACAGCCUUCCGUCGGAUGGCACCGGCGGCUCGGCAGAUGAGCUCAAAGAGUUCAAGGACAAGUGCCAGCGAGUCGUUGCAAUCUGCUCCGGCAUGCCGAUGGCAGGGCAGGACACGCUGCAAGAUGCGAUCCACGCUGUGGUCACCGAACCCUCUGCCGAGAUCUACCGCGUGUUCAAUGCGAACGCAGCGGGCAAGAUUCUUCAGGAUGGGUAG